AUGGCAGAUAGUGAUGAUGAAUAUGAUCGGAGAAAGGGUCGAGAAAAGUUUAGGAGAGAGCGCAAUGAUUAUGAAAGACGAGAGGAAAGAAGAAGCCGUGAUCCAAGAGAUGUUUGGGACAGAGACAGGUCAAGUGGUAGAGCAAGAGAAGCCUGGAGCAGCAGAAGCAGAGAGAGACAUGAUCCCUACAGAGAGUAUGACGCCAGGCGACGGGAGAGGUACAGCCCUAAUGUCAGACGAGACAUGAGUCCUCCUCACGCAAAACGAAUGAGACGGGAUUGGGAUGACCAAGGUUACCCUCCUUAUGACAUGGGUGGAUAUGGAGGAACUCCAAUGCAGCCACCCCCCACCUGGGGCCCCUCCCCAGAAAUGAGGGGUCCUCCACAGGGUGAUUUUAACCCUGGACAAGGAGGAAGAGACCUAGAAUUUCCCACCCAGCCCCCAAUGUUGACAUUUAAACAGUUUUUAUCCCAGCAAGAAGAUAACAUCAGUGACCAAGAUGCCAUUAAAAAAUAUAAUGAAUAUAAAGACGAGUUCAAAAGACAACAAAUUAACGAAUUCUUUUUGGCACACAAAGAGGAAGAAUGGUUUAAAACAAAAUAUCAUCCAGAGGAAUGUGAGAAGAGGAAUAAGGAGGUCAAGAAGGCCUUACAACAUCGCUGUAAUGUCUUUAUGGACCUUUUGGAGUCUGGAAGAGUCGAAGCAACGUGGGUGGACUUUGAGAAGUCAGAUGAACUUGUCAAACUUCUGGAUGCUGCUGUCAUUAAGAUGGAGGGAGGGACAGAUUUUGAUUUAACUGUGUUGGACCAAGCUGUGGAGGAGGAAAAAGAGGGGGGUAGGAGUAGGAACAACUCAGAGUCUGUACCCUUGGAAAGUCCAGACGAAAAGAAGAAAAGAAAAAGAUCUGUUUCAAGUGACAAGAAACCAGAUGAGCCAUUAAAAUUACCUAUAUCAGCUUUUGAUGCAAUUUUCAUGAUGAAGGUACAUGAAAUCUCCAAACAGCAGCAAGCCAAAAACGGAAGUGAAUCCAGCUCGCCUGUACCAGAAGAAAACAAUACCAAAGAAGGGAAGAAACCUAAGAAGAAGAAGAGACAUCGUAACAAGGCAGGCUAUGACUACGAGAGUGGCUCAGAUUCUGAGAGUGGCAGUGAUUCAGAGUCGGAACCCGCCCCGCCAGGAAUGGAGGAGUCAGGGGAGACGGCAUCCAAAACUAAGGAGGAGGAGACUCCUAAAGGUGAGUAACAGAAUGUGUCCUCCUCAACGGAGGCAUCCAAAACUAAGGAGGAGGAGACUCCAAAAGAAGCCAACAUGUCUGAUGGAGAGGAGAAAGACCAAGACACAAUGGAGGAGAAAGAGAAGGACAAAAAGGACUCGUCCCCCCGCCCCAGGGCACUUCACAAGACCUCCUCCAUCUUCUUAAGGAACCUAGCCCCCUCUAUUACCAAACAGGAAGUCGAAGCUAUGUGUAAGAGGUACCCUGGCUUUGUUCGAGUGGCCCUCCAGGACCCCCAGGCUGAGCGCCGAUUCUUCAGGAGAGGCUGGGUCACAUUUGAUAGAGAUGUUAACAUCAAGGAAAUCUGCUGGAACCUCAACAAUAUAAGGUUGAGGGACUGUGAACUGGGAGCAACCUUGAAUCGGGAACUAAAACAGAGAGUUCGUCCAGUCAAUGGAAUCUCAGCCCACAAACAAAUUGUCCGCUCUGACAUUAAACAAGCAGCUAAAAUUAUCCAGAAUCUGGACUCCAAAUGGGGGAUGUGGGAGGAUCCGGAGGAGGAAAAGAAGGACAAAUCUAAAGAGACCUCCUUCAGUUUCACGUCCAAGAAUCCUGUAUUAAAGAACAUUACAGAUUAUCUGGUGGAGGAGGGAAGUUUUGAGGAGGAAGAGUUACUCGGUGAGAAAUUGGAAGAGGGAGAAAAAGAAUCAAACAAUGAAGUUAUAGUGGAGAGAGAUGAGCGCAUGAUCAAGGCUUUAGACAGGAUGAUACUGUACCUCAGGAUAGUGUAUUCCAUUGAUUACUACAGUGCUAACGAGUAUCCUAACGAGGACGAGAUGCCACACAGAUGUGGGAUCAUGCAUUGUAGAGGAAUACCACCCACCACAAAAAUCACGCAGCAAGAUGUGAAUGAUUGGAUCACCAAUACAGAGAACAAACUGAAGCAGUUUACCGAAGUCCAGGAGAAAUUGUCAGAGGAAGAAUGUAUCAAAUUUGGCAGGAAAGACCCUGAGGCAGAGGUGGAGAAGUUUGUGACAGCCAAUACACAGGAAUUGUCCAAGGAUAAAUGGCUGUGUCCCAUCAGUGGGAAGAAGUUCAAAGGCCCCGAGUUUGUCAGGAAGCAUAUCUUUAACAAGCAUGGUGAAAAAGUAGAGGAAGUCAGGACAGAGGUUGCUUUCUUCAAUAAUUAUUUAAUGGAUCCCAAAAGACCAGCAUUGCAAGAACAUCCUAAAAAUAAACAGAAAUAA